CUAAACUAAUCAUGCCAAACAGAAUGUCAGAACAGGAAGGGAGUAAAGAAAUCGGUUUGGGAAGGAGCACCAAAGUAACCAUGUCGUUGUGGCAGUAAGACCUGAAGCCAAAAAAGGAAACCAAAAGUAGAGAGGCAGGCGUAUUAAAAUCGAAGAGUGGUAUGGACGGAAAGGAGCGAGGGAGGAGUCGGGAGAGCGGUGCGGUUGAGAGGGCGACCAAAGGCUUCGCGCGAAGUGGCAAUUUAUAUGCCUCCACUACUCGAAUGGCUGCGUCGCUUUGCUGAUUACUCCUUGUCCCCAAUUUCAACCUUCGCGAGGGAGAAGAAGCGUUCUUCGCAGGAGAUAGUUUGUUCUUGGUCUCUGAUUUCCUUUGGGAAAAAAGUUACUUUUGGGAUGAGAACGUCGGCUGAUCAUAAUUGGAAUUUUAGUUAUGGUGGAGUUUUUCCUCCAUCUUUUAGCAAUCAAAUCGUAGUUCCUCUUCAGCCAGCAACGUUGAGCAAUGUGACAGACUUGAUAUCCGAGGGAAUGCGUGAUUCAGUUGACGUUCGUAGCAUGGCAGGAUUGAUCUUGCCUGGCAACCUUGUCACUCAGAGUAAUUCUUCACCUAUAAUGCCACUGCCUGGUAAUCUUUCAGGAAACAUCGUUCUUGACCCAGUGCCCCUCUCAAGCUCAGUCCAGCAGCAGCUGCUAGUUGGUCUUUGGAGGAAUUGUAUGUGCUGA